UGUUUCUGCUGCUGUGACGCAGACUCAGCUCGGACAUCUUAUACUAAAAAAUAAAAAACAUGAUUCAAUGGUGUGACGUCACGUCGUAUAGAAACACAUGACGGUUUGUUUUAGUGUAAAAUACAGAAAGAUCGGGUUGUUGACGGAUGAAGAUCUACAUCCGGGGAUUUCGAGCUGCUGCAUCCUCUCUCUUCUCUCCUCCUGCAUCCUCUCAUCCUGCAGGCAAACACACACACACACACACACACACACACACACACACACACACACACACACACACACACACACACACACAGAGACAGACAGACAGAUUAGGAGAGAGACAGACAGGUGGACAUCCUCCGGCUGCAGUCAUGUCGGCGUCGCCCGCCCUCGCCGACCUCUCUCGUCUCUAUCAGACGGAGUUCGUACGAAGCGCCCGGGCGGUGGGCGUGCUCUGGGCCGUCUGCACGCUCUGCUUCGCCAUCAUCCAGGUGGUCGUCCUCGUGCAGCCGUCCUGGAUCGGCACCGCAGAAACCCGCCACCAGGGGGCGGGGCCAGUCCCCCCCAGCGGCACCCUUGGACUCUUCGAGGUGUGUGUGGAGUCGGACUGGCCGGUCCCGGACUGUCGCGGCCGUCUUUCCAGUCUGUCUCCUCUGCCGUCCUUCCAGUCGGUGGCGGUGUUGGUGGGCGUGUCUCUGUGGGCGGUGUGGACGAGCGUCCUCUGUCUCUGUCUCUUCAGGUUCUGCAGCGCUGCGACCGUCUACAAGAUCUGUGCGUGGCUGCAGCUCACCGCAGGUUUCUGUCUGGCGUUGGCCUGUCUCCUGUUUCCCGACUCGUGGGAGAGUCCAGAGAUGAGGGCGCUGUGUGGCGACUCGGUGGGCAGUUUCUCUCCAGGUAACUGUUCCGUCCACUGGGCCUACAUCCUGGCCAUCCUGGGGAUUCUGGACGCCGCCAUCUUGGCCACGUUGGCCUUCGUUCUCGCCAACAGACAGGACGCCCUGCUGCCACCAGACGCAAAGGAAGUGACUACAGGUCUGCUGAUGUCGGCGUAGAGUCACCAGGCUGGAUUAGUCUUCACUCCUCCUGAUUUCUCCAUCCUUCCUCUUCGUCAUUAUCUCCGUCAGAGGGGACAAACGUCAAAAAGAUCCAGAAGAAGGACGCAGCAGUUCUCCUCGUCUCCUCGUCUCCUCGUCUCCUUGUCUCCUCGUCUCCUCCGCUCACAGCAGCAACCUGUUUUUAAAACAGUGUGAUCAUUUAAAACACACAAAUGUUUAAAGGAAGAAUGUGCUACUUUUUGAUCCAGUAGAUGUCGCUCGUGAGCUCUAGCAUGAAAACAAAACAAACUGCUGUUAGGCCACGCCUCCUCCAUACUGAAGCCUCCGCUCUCCUGCAGAGACACACCUCCAACCCCCCUUCACUCACAUUCGCAUGAAGGAGUUAUCAAUUAGAACGCACCGUAAUUAAGCGGUCAAAUUUGUUCUUUGCUCGAGCUACAAUCAGCUGUGUCCUGCAUUGUUGUGUUAGCAUGCUAAUGUUAGCGCUCUUUAGUUAGCUCGUAGCUUCACAUUUCAUGUAAACUGACACAGAAUGAGCGUGAUCUAAAAACUCUUACUAACAUCCAAAUAAUCAGUGAGUAUGUUCUUCUUCUUCUCUCUAGUUCUUGACUAAAACAGCUUUUAUACACAAGGGGAGGAGCCGGCCGUCCCGUCCAUGUAAACACGGCUCUGACAACAACACAGCCAGCGGGACUCGAGCUUCUCCCUCAUUGUAGACAGUCAGGACUCAGAGACACAUUUACACAGGACAGACUUUAUGAUUUAUUUAUGUGGAACAUGUGGAACAUUCUUUCUUUAAAUCAAAGAGUAAAUUAAUGUAGCCGUGGUGACACUAGUGCCAAAUACAAAUCUUUGUUGCCAUGUUACAGAAAGUGUUAAAGUGUUUAUAGAGUAAAAGUAGUAAAAAUCUCACACUAAAAAUGUCCCUAAUGUGUUCCUGUAGACCGAGAAGAGAAACAGUUUUUAUAGUUUUGUAGAUUUUGUAGCGAAAUGUGUGUGUGCAGGUUGUUACAUGUUGUUUGUGUGUACAGAGUGAAUCAUGCAUGUGUGUCGAUCAGACUGUGAUCAACAGAGUUCAUGUGUGUUUCUGUUCAAAGAUAAAUAAAUUAAUUAAAGAUA